AUGACUCACAAUCAGCGUGCUAAGGAUGGAAUGAAGUCGAAUGCAUGGCUUGUACCAGUGGAUCUGAUCAAUAUCGCCCCGUUUACUCUGCCACUUCUACAGAUCAUUUCGUUGAAAGCCGCUUACCUGAUGCACAACAAACUCCAAUUGGAUGCCCACCUAUGGCACAUUCCACAUAUGCAGGACAAUCUCUAUCGCCAUGACAAGUUAUUAUUCCUGAUCGGUUACUGA